GGGCCUACAGCUAUUGUUCAUGUCCUCCCGUGAACAAAGGGCUCAUCUGGGUCCGUAUGUAAACCCACAGCAGGCUCCAGCCCACUAACAAGGCCUCAUGCGGGACAAAACAUAGCCGACCGACUCCCGCAAUUUACACUUUAUUCCGUUUCGGUCUCGCGGUUUUGUUGGGAUCUUUCUUUCUCCGUUGAUCCUGCUCGCAGGGACGCAUCGUUGCUGGUACGUCGCGUCCGGCCAACCGCCGUCCAGCGGGCCUAUCCGUCUUUACGCACGGAGCGUAGAUACGGUCCACCAUCGCGGAUCUGUAAACAUCAAUUUACCGAUUGCACUUCUCUCAGGCUGUUCCUCCAAGUCAUUCAAGCUGUACUCCCCCAAGGAGCCCCCCAACGGUAGCACUUUCCCCCCUUUCCACCCCGGCACUAUGCUGGACAGAGACGUGGGUCCUACCCCGAUGUAUCCUCCCACAUAUCUGGAGCCCGGAAUAGGGAGGCACACACCAUAUGGCAACCAGACAGACUACAGAAUAUUUGAACUCAACAAACGACUACAGAACUGGACAGAGGAGUGUGAUAACCUGUGGUGGGACGCAUUUACUACAGAGUUUUUUGAAGAUGACGCCAUGUUGACCAUUACUUUCUGUCUGGAAGACGGGCCCAAACGUUACACAAUUGGCCGGACAUUGAUUCCGAGGUACUUCCGGAGUAUAUUCGAAGGCGGUGCUACUGAGCUCUACUAUGUGCUGAAACAUCCCAAGGAGUCCUUCCACAAUAACUUUGUCUCCCUUGACUGUGAUCAGUGCACCAUGGUCACCCAGAAUGGAAAGCCCAUGUUCACACAGGUGUGUGUAGAAGGGCGCUUGUACCUGGAAUUCAUGUUUGACGACAUGAUGAGGAUAAAAACGUGGCACUUCAGCAUCAGACAACACCGUGAACUCAUCCCCCGCAGUAUACUCGCCAUGCAUGCCCAGGACCCACAGAUGCUGGACCAGCUGUCCAAAAACAUAACAAGAUGUGGCCUGUCAAACUCCACCCUAAACUACCUCCGACUGUGUGUGAUUCUAGAGCCCAUGCAGGAGCUGAUGUCCAGACACAAGACGUACAGCCUCAGCCCCAGAGACUGCCUCAAGACCUGCCUCUUCCAGAAAUGGCAGAGGAUGGUGGCACCUCCAGCCGAGCCAUCAAGACAGGCUCCAAACAAAAGGCGGAAGCGUAAGAUGUCAGGUGGCAGCACCAUCAGCGGAGGAGGAGGAACAAACAACAACAACAACAACAAAAAGAAGAGCCCAGGCAGUGGCUUCCCUCUGUCCAGCCAAGUACCGGAUGUGAUGGUGGUUGGAGAGCCCACACUGAUGGGAGGGGAGUUCGGUGAUGAGGACGAGCGUCUGAUCACGCGGCUGGAGAACACGCAGUUCGACGCGGCCAAUGGCAUCGAUGAUGAGGACAGCUUCAACAACUCCCCGGCGCUCGGCUCCAACUCGCCCUGGAACAACAAGGCCCCCUCCAGCCAGGAGAGCAAGAGCGACAACCCCACCUCACAGGCAUCGCAGUAGAGCCCAGAGCCCCACAACUUAACACAAACCCCCAUCUCUGCCACUCCUCAGACCCCACCCUGACUCGCCCGCCACCAGUGUAACCGCAGCAGUCCAUCUCAUUAUGCACGCACGCACGCACACACACAUACAGGCGGCAUGCAGGAUUUCCGCAUGUCUCAGAUGACGACACUGAGACGUUUGCUGUGACUUCCCCAUGUUAAGGCGCUGCAUGCCACCUCUGUCUCCCUGCUCCUCAUCUCGCACUCAAAAUGUCCCAUCUGCUCUUGCAGAUUUUCAGUUUGGACGGCGAUCGGCCAGAUGUGACCGAGGAGGCGCAGGGAUUUAACCCAGGGGGAAAAGUGUGCACACUAAACCAUCCAUACUGAAAUACACGUGUGGUGGGGGGGGGCGGCGAAGGGGGAGGGGAAGGGAAGGUGGCGUCAGAGGCUUCGAGAUGGUGGCGAGUUGCUUAGGGACCACUUGUCCACCCACCCUCGAAACAUGGCUCUCAAUUCUGGUCUCCUCUGUCGAGGCACUGGUCACUCGUAAGGUUUGUGUGCGUGCGUGUGAGGAACGACAGAGAAGCGGACUGAUUUAUCUGUGGCUGCGCUGAAGCAGACAGACCGAAUUUAGAGCCCCUGUAUAAAACUAUUGAAAUUCACACACUGGUGGGAGAGCUGAAGUGUGGCACUGGGGAAACAUAUACACACACACACACACACACACCAAAACAUUAAAACACAUCCAAACAUCAACACACAAAUCCGCAGAAUGAUUGAAGGAUUUUGAGUCCCCUGGUGCCAGAGCCAUCUCUGAGACUACAAUGAAUGCAGUCUUUCAAACAGGGAGCAUUUACACCGGACACACACAAUUACACAUUUUAAGAGUUUUUAUACAGUAUAUAUUUCCCUAGAAUGUUUUUUAAUUUGUAUUAAACGCCUUCAUUUCAAUUGUUACUUUUUUAUUUUCUACCAAUACUGAAAAGCUACAGACCAAGGAGCAACACAGGACUUUUAUCCCGCCCCCCUCUAAAAUAUAUGGUUUUUAUCUUUUAUGUUUAUAAAAGAGAAAUAAUUUAGUGUGGAUGUUUUUAUUUUGUCUUUUUGUUCCUUUUUUGGAGAUUUAAAUUUUUGUGUAUUUGUGCUUGUAUAUUUAAGGUAGUAGCAAAGUUCUGUCUGACUGUAAUAAAAUGUAUUCUUACUUAGAUUUACCUAAAGCCAUCCCGAUCUAAUGUAAAGAAACAAAAAUAGGAAAAAGGAGAAAAAACACUCAUGACCCCCCCCCGCCCCGUCUUCCCACCUGCUCUUUCCGCCUCUCUCCUUUUUUAUAACUUCUGUAAAUUUAAAUUACAAAACCUCCAGAGGUACAAUGGCACCAUUGACAGAUCAUUUUCCUGUUGUUUUUUUGUAUUUAUUUUUGAAAUCCUAGAAAUUCACACGUGUAUUUCAUCUAUACAGGAAGUGAUUUUUCACUUAAUUUCACGAUUUUGUGUACUGCAACCUUCAACUGGAUGUCAAGUGAAUGUGCUCACUGGAUUUAAGCUAACAGAUGAAUUUCAUAUUUCAUUCUCUGCUGAAACUGAUUAUUUUUCAUGUCUUUCAUACCCAACAGAAUGAUAGCAUCAAACAUCCAAACAUCUUCUAAAGCCAGCUUAUCAUUAAGUUCAGUCUUCAUAUUGGGAAGCUAUGGCGUCUGUGAAGUCUGAUAAAACAGCUGAAGCAUUGUUUGUUUUGUACAUUUCCAUUUCCUUACAGUUGAUCACAGCAAUAGUUAUGAGUUUGAAUGGUGACUUGUACCUUUUUCAAUCCCUGUAGAAAAUCAUUGUUUGAUAUAUAUUUUUUGAUUUGGUUAGUUUCUGCCCUUGAUAAUUAAUGUAUGGUACCAAUAAAAGAUACAUUUUCACUUUAAAA